CUGCUUUCAGCUCAAUCGACACCAGUGAUCAGUGCAAAGCAGAUUGCGCCAUAUUCUCGCGCUAUUCUUCAUGUUUUCGGCAGUCGCCAUUCUCUCUUGUACUUUGUGUGGCUGUGAUAUAGUAUUAAUAAGCUUUAAUUAGAUAAGUCCUUUAACUGCCGUUUUGAAGAUAAUAUCGAAAGCGUUUUUUGUUCGAUAGCAAUUGUAUAACAUAGUGACAAUGUGGCGAGGAAAUCGUUACUCGAGAAUGUCUGGUAGCAACAGUCCGCAAGAUAGCAACGGCGGUCGGAGUCGGGCUCGUGGGUUUGUUGGAGGCUCGCGCGGUGGAUAUAACGGCGGUCCAUCACGUGGCGGCGGCAGUCGUCAUAGUAGUGGAGCUGGUUGGCCGGGGGCCGAAGAGCACGCUCCACGAGGCCAGGUUGGAAGUUUUCAACAUCGUGAACAGUACCAGCAAGUAGCUGGCAGCAGCCGUUCUUCGCGGCCCCAUUUGUCGCCUCGUCCCGAGCAAACUGACGAAAAACCAGUUGAUGAAGUUGCGGCACUCGAAAAGAAGGUCAGACCACAAGAACAUGCUUCGGGGGAGCGUUCCUUUCAACGUGGAUCCGGCGUUGCUGGUCGUGGUGGGAUGCGCGGAAAACGCUUCUUGCCGGAGAUUGUACGUACACGAGCGGACGCUACCGUUUCUAAGCAAGGUACAACCGGAAGGCAAGUCAUGUUGAAAACAAACUACUUCCGGGUUGUACGAAACGAUGAUGAAAGAAUUUUCCAAUACCGAGUGGAUUUCACUCCCUCAGUGGAAAGUAGCAAGAAAAUGAGCUCGCUGAUAUACAACCUGAAAUCGACAAUUGGUGGGUACUUGUUCGAUGGUACACUUCUAUUUACGAGAAAUAAACUGUGCGGCGAAGAAAUUGAAAUGACUACUAAAGACAGUACGACCGAGGAAGAAUACAACAUUAGAUUCAGAAGAACUGGAGUAGUAGAUGGGACAAACGAAACGGCAUUUGUGAUUUUCAACUUAAUCAAUCGCAAAGCUAUGGCGGGUUUGAAGUUACAGCUAAUCGGUCGCAGUUUCUUCGAUCCGGAAGCAAAAGUAUCGGUCCGACAGUAUGGCAUUGAGCUAUAUCCGGGCUACGUUACAAGUAUUCGUCAGCAUGAACAAGAGGUUCUGAUGUGCGCCGAAUUGACGCAUAGAGUAAUGCGGACAGAUACGUGUUAUUCACUUUUCGAACAGUGUAUGAAUCAGAGAGGAAACUUUAGGGACAAUUACAAGCGUAUGAUUUUGGGGUCUGUCGUAAUGACAACUUACGGAAAAAAUAAUACAUACACCAUUUCGGAUGUCGAUUUCAAUGUCACCCCGGAAAGUUCUUUCGAAACCAAGAAUGGUGCUCUCACUUUCAUGCAGUACUUCAAAGAUCGCUAUAAUGUGACAAUUAGGGAUCCUCGGCAACCGAUGUUGGUGUCCCGGCCAAAACCAAGAGAAAUUCGGGCCGGAAUGCCCGAACUGAUCUAUUUAGUACCAGAGCUAUCUCGAAUUACCGGUAUUACGGAUGAUAUGCGCAAGGAUUUCCAUUUAAUGCGAGCAUUAGCUGAUCACACUCGCUUGAAUCCAGAUAAGCGCAUUGAAAGAUUGGAGACGUUCAACAGACGAUUGCAGCAGUGCAAAGAAAGCAGCGAUAUUUUCAAAUUCUGGAAGACAGAAUUGGACCGCCGCUUGGUGGAAGUACCUGCGAGAAUACUACCCCCAGAAACUGUAUUUUUUCAUCCAGAACAAGCCGACUAUCAGGUGUUGGCUGGCGAUAUGGCUGAGUGGCAAAUGGCGUUCCGCAACAAUCCAAUGUAUUUGACCGUUGCUCUCACAAACUGGUGCGUCGUAGUUCCUGCCGGUAGCGAGAGAUUAAUCGCCGAUUUUAUGGGAUGCUUGAAACAAGCUGCUAAUGGAAUGCACUUCCAAAUCGAAGAACCACGACGAAUUGUCAUUCCGAAUGAUUCUCCAGUCGUUUACGUAGAACAACUGUCUCAAAUCAUUCAACGAGACCCGCAAUUGAUCAUGUGCUUAGUAACUAACGAUAAGGUGGAUCGUUACGCUGCGAUUAAAAAAAAAUGUUGCGUGGAACGGGCAGUUCCAACGCAGGUAAUGAAGACUCGUACGAUCACUCCGAAGGGUGGCAAUGUGCGUACGUUAAUGUCCGUUGCCACUAAAGUUGCAAUCCAGAUGAACUGUAAACUUGGUGGUAUUCCCUGGGUUCUCAAGAGUCCCCUAUCUUCAGUUAUGGUAAUUGGAUUUGACAUCUGUAAGGAUUCAAAGGAUAGAUCCAAAGCAUACGGUGCCUUGGUGGCAUCCAUGUACGGUGGCGGUAUCAAACAUCCCAAGUACUACUCAACGGUGAAUCAGCAUAGCAACGGGGGCGAGCUGUCAAGCUUCUUGGCAUUGAAUGUUAUCAAAGCCAUCCGCGCAUAUGCUUCCUGCUUCAACGGUGCAUUACCGCAGCGUAUCGUCAUCUACCGCGAUGGCGUCGGCGAUGGUCAACUGAAUUAUGUUCACGAGCACGAAGUAAAUGCAGUAAAGGAGAAACUGGAAGCAGCCUACAAAGCAUCGGAAAUCCCUUCAAGAUUGACUUUCUUUGUAGUCAACAAACGAAUCAACACACGUUUGUUCCAAGACAGAAGAAACCCAUCCCCAGGAACAGUCGUUGACGAUGUCAUUACCCUGCCAGAGAGAAACGACUUCUUUUUGGUUUCGCAAAGCGUUCGCCAGGGUACGGUCUCCCCAACAUCAUAUAAUAUCCUCCGAGAUGAGUCCGGACUGAGUGCUGAUCGAUUGCAGCAAUACACCUUCAAGCAGACACAUCUGUAUUAUAACUGGUCCGGAACCGUUGGCGUACCGGCUGUUUGCCAGUAUGCGCAUAAACUCUCAGCUCUUGCAGGACAAUUCCUACAUCAGACGCCCAGCACAUGGCUGGAAAAAAAAUUAUACUACCUGUAAGAACUUGUUUGUAUGAUGUUCAAUUCAACAUUUGAAUUGGUUUUAUUAUUUUCGGACUUCUCAAAUGAAAUAUAUAACUAUGGUAUCAAUUAAA